AUGGGUCCUGGGGUGCAUGUUGUAAUGCUAGCAGUUGGAAUUGAUGUUACCGACUUGCUAGUCAUUGUUUUGAUUAUGGAUUCUUCUAAUGCAUCCAAUGCAAACACCACAAACUCUACAUGUGGUUCAUUUCCUUCUUCUACGCAAACUAGAGACCCAGCAUGGGAAUGGGGUGAACGCCAAGACCCAGAAAAUCAUAAUAUAAUUACUUGUUUGUUAUGUCACAAAGAGUUUGCUGUAAAGAGGACCAAAAAAGCUCAUAAGGCUACAAUUGACUUAGCAUAUCAGCGUGCAAGCAAUUCAGAUGAAGGCUCUGAUGCUGAUACAGAUGUUGAGGAGCAAGAAGUUGAAACUGAUAGCAAUGUGGGCAGUGGUAGUGGUAGUGCUAGUCAACUACUUGUUCAGAAUCAGACAAAGAGAAAGAGAAUAAGCCAAAGUAAUACAAGAGGCCCUAUUGAUUUAUUUAUGAGGACGAACCACCAGAAAACUCAGAAAGCCACUGCUGAAAGAAACUGUGCGGCGAAAGAGAAGUUACUGAAGACGGCAUGGAAAUGCAUAUCAGCUUGGAUGACUGAGAAUUCAAUAGCAUUUAAUACCAUUCGUUGCCUAAGUUUCCAACAAAUGAUCUUUGCAAUUGGUGAUUAUGGGAAAGCUAUGUCUCCCCCAUAUUACCAUCAGAUUCGUACCAAUCUUUUCAAGGAACAAUUAGAAGAAAUUAAGAAGUUUGUUGAUACAUUUAGGGAACAUUGGAAAAGGUUUGGAUGUUCUAUCAUGUCAUAUGGUUGGACGGAUGGGAAAAAACGAUAUCUUAUUAACUUUUUGGUGAAUUAUCCUAAAGGUUCAGUUUUUUUGAAGUCUGUCGAUGCCUCAAAUAGAACCCUUGUAAAGGAGGUAAUUAAUGAUGUUGGUGCAGAAAAUAUAGUUCAUUUCAUUACAGAUAAUGGUUCAAACUUCAAAAAGGAAGGGAAGGAUUUACAGCUGGAAUACCCACAUAUGUUUUGGACUCCUUGUGGUGCUCAUUAUGUUCAGUUGAUGCUAGAAGAACUUGGUGCCAAGCUUCCACGAAUCAAGACAACCAUCAUUCUAGGUAAGAGACUGGUUACAUAUUUUAUGCUCAUUUUCAAGUGGGUAAAAACUAGGUUUGCAAGAGAAACUGUUGGAGUAAAUGCACUUAAGAUUGAUACAAAUAGUAAAUUUUGGGAAGAUGUUGAUUACUCUUGUAGGGUGCUAAAGCCUUUAGUUAAGGUAGUAAGUUUAGAGGAUAUAAAACGCAAACCUACAAUGCCUUAUUUUUAUGAGGCAAUGAGAAUAGCAAGGGAUCAACUUGAGAAGAAUCUCAGUGAAGAUAAUGAUACUUGGGAUACAGUUAAGGCUGUUUUUGAUAAAAUAUGGAAGAAUAACUUUAAUCAUCCGCUACAUUGUGCCGCUUAUUAUUUAAAUCCUUCCAUAUUCCAUAAGAUUCCAUCUCAUUUGAUGGAUAAUGAUCCAAAGUACAUAGAAAUCGAAAGGGGACUUCAUAAAGCUAUGAAAAGGCUUAUAACCAAUGAAGAUGAACUUGAGCUAGAAACAACUGAAUUGAGACGAUAUAGUGAUGCUUAUGGGAUUCUGGGAACUCCUGUAUGCAAAAAAGAAGAGACAAAGAUCAACCUCUUGCACUCUAAGAAGCGGAAUCGCAUAAAACAACAGAAAUUCAAUGAUAGUGUCUUUAUCCAAUAUAACAAGAAAUUGCAGCGUCGUUAUAAAGAAAUUUCAGAAUAUAACGAUGAUGAGACAGCUCAUGAUCCUAUUUUUCUUGAUGAGCGUGAUGAAAAUGAUGAAUGGUUGGAUCCACAUAACUUGGAAGACUUGGCUGUAGAAGGUGAUAAUGUAACUCUGGAUGAUUUGCAAGAUAUUCUUGGUGAAGAAAGUCAGCCAGUUGGUAGUAAAGGUGCAUGUAGCUCUCGAAGUAAGAAUACUUACCUAACGUACUUUGAGUAUGAUGGAUAUGAUACUGAUCAAUUGAUGUUAGACACUGAUUAUGGAGUACUUGAUGGAGCUGAUGGAGUUACUGAAGAUGAUGAUAUCUAUAAUGACUCGUAUGAUUUUGAAUAA